AUGGAUACGGACACCGCAGCGGAGACAGACAUUGCAGCAGAGACAGACACCGCAGCAGAGACGAACACCGCAUGUGAGACGGGUAUGGCUGCAGAUAACUAUGUUGAGCAGCCACCUAUAGAAAAAGGUAGUCAGGUUAUAGAGGCUUGGGAAGACGGUUUGGGUGUGUAUAAGCUUCAGGAGUUUCCAAGUAAGAAAGCACUUCAAGAGGUGGUCGAUAGAACUGCAUUUGAUGAAUGCUUUCGUUAUGUUAUCAAAAAGUCGGACCGGAGACGAUUGGUGUUAAAAUGUUGUGAAGCAACCUGUAAGUGGAGUUUACGAGCUGCAAAGAUUUCAGAGACUGAAAUUUUUUCAGUUAGGAGGUACACGGGUGUGCAUACAUGCUCUCGGUCUAAUCAAAGUAAAAGCAGCAACAUCAAGAGGAAAGGCUCAGCAGAAUUAGUUGCAACUUUUCUGAAUGAGGAAUAUCCUGGAAAACUAAGUACUCAUGUUCCGAAAGAUAUCAUGGAUCUUAUAAAAUUAAAACUUGGUGUAACAACAUCCUACUCCACAGCCUUGAGAGGGAAAAAUCUAGCUAUUUCUGAGUUGCGUGGUGGUUCGGAAGAGAGCUACAAGAUGCUAUAUAGCUACUUGUAUAUGUUAGAGCAUGUCAAUCCGGGAACAAAAACAGGGGUGAAGUUGGAUGAGGCAAAUAAGUUCAAGUACCUUUUCGUAGCUCUGGGAGCUUGUAUUGAAGGUUUUGCAGCCAUGAGGAAGGUGAUAGUUGUCGAUGCCACAUUUCUGAAGAAUGGAUAUGGUGGUGUACUAGUAUUUGCUAAAGCUCAAGAUCCUAAUCGUCACCAUUAUCCGCUUGCGUUUGGUGUACUCGACGGUGAGAAUAAUGCUAGUUGGACAUGGUUUUUCGAGAUGCUCAAAACUGCUAUACCAGACUCUUCUGAAUUAAAUGUGAUAGGGCAUGCUUGUAACACAACCAAAGCGGUAGUCGCAUGGAGAUUUAUGGAGUUGGCUAGGUGUUACACGGUGGCUGAGUUCGAGUCUGCUUACGCAUCUUUUAAGGUGAGAUUUCCUCCAGCGUACAAGUAUUUGGAGGAGCAUAUGGAUAAACGUACAUGGGCUCGGGUUUAUUUCCCAGGUGUGAGAUACAACUUGGACACUAGCAACAGUGUGGAGUCAAUGAACAACGUCUUUAGGGACGCCAGGAGGUAUGCUUUAAUACCAUUGUUGGAUACAAUCAUCAAAAAGUUUUCAGACUGGUUCAAUGAACAUCGGAAGGACUCUGUGGUUGGGUCGAUUGAUACCAAACUGGUUCCUCUUGUCGAGAUUCACUUGCAUAACCUAUGA